AUGGAAUCUACCGGAACCAUUUUUAAGCCACCGAAAAGUCUAAGCCUAGAAGGAAAUAUUAGUGAGAAUUGGCGUAAAUUUAAGCAGGCAUUUGAAAUUUUUAUUAAUGCCUCGGGAAAAUCAAAAACAGAAGAAGAGGUAAAGGUCGCAAUCUUAUUAAACUUAAUCGGGGAAGAAGCAGUUGAACUCUUCAACACAUUCACCCUAACAGAACAACAAAAAAAAGUAACUCAAAAUGUGAUUGACGCAUUUGAGGCGUACUGUAUGCCAAAGAAAAAUGUGGUCUAUGAAAGGUACCUGUUCAAUAACAGGAAUCAGAAAGAAGGAGAAAAAUUUGAACAGUUUGUAACAGAUAUAAAAAUAGCGGCACAGAAAUGUGAAUUUGGAGCUCUUCAUGACCAAAUGAUAAGAGAUAGAAUAGUGAUGGGCACAAAUGAUCCAGGAAUUCAAGAAAAACUUCUUCGCGUACCUGACCUAGACAUGCAAAAAGCCAUAGAUUAUUGUCGAGCAGCGGAGAUUUCAAAGUUGCAAGUCAAAACAUUCAAUGAGAAAACGGUGGACAGUCUCCAGAAAAAAGUAAGUGGAUCCAAGACCAAAGAAGAAAAGGCAAAUCCACAAAAUGAAUCUUCUGAAUUCAAAUGUCGACGAUGUUUGAGAUGGCAUGGUCCUCGACAGUGUCCAGCAUUUGGAAAGGACUGCAAUAAGUGUAGAAGGAAGAACCACUUCGCAGUGGCUUGCAGAGCAAAGGAGGUCUCAGAAAUACAAGAAUCUGAGGACAUUGAUUUAGAAAGUAGUAAUUUGUUUGUUGAAACGGUAUGUACAGCUAAAAUUAGUAGCAUUAACACGUGGAUGGAAACUGUUAUAGUGGAGGACACUAAGAUAUGUUUUAAACUAGACUCGGGCGCGCAAGUUAAUAUCUUGCCAAAUUAUUUCUUUAGCAAAAUUAACAAGCAAUUUGAAGUAAAACCUACAAAUAUUAUACUAGAAACGUUUGGCGGGUUCAAAAUCAGACCUCGGGGCACGGUGCAGUUAAAAUGUAGAGUCAAAAAUAACGAAAUAUAUGAUGAAUUCAUAAUAGUUAAUAAAAAAGUAACACCAAUUCUGGGAUUAGCAGCCUGCGUUAGACUAAAUUUAAUCAGUAAAGUUGAUCUAGUUAGAAAAGUCUCAGAAAAAGAUGAGUUUAUAAAGAAAAAUAAGGAUAUCUUUGAGGGAUUGGGUAGGUUUGAAGAAAAAUGCAAUAUAGCAAUAGAUUCAAGUUAUAAACCAGUGGCCAGACCACCUAGAAGGAUACCGCUUAAAAUAAAAGAAAAACUAAAAAAUAAACUGCUAGAAUUACAAGAGAAAAAGGUAAUCUCUAAAGUUGAUAAUCCGAAGGGGUGGGUUAGUAAUUUGGUUAUUAUUGAAAAACCAGACAAAUCAUUGAGACUGUGCCUUGACCCGAGGGACCUGAACAAAGCGAUAAAGCGAAAUUCGAGUGUACUUAUCCCAACCGUUGAGGAAAUAAGCGAGAAAUUGUGUAAUAAAAAUAUCUUCACUGUUCUAGAUUUAAAGGACGGAUUUUGGCACGUUGAACUGGAUGAGAGCUCGAGUGAGUUGUGUACGUUCAGCACUGUCUUUGGCAACUGGAAAUUCAACAGAUUGCCCUUUGGGGUGAACAUGGCACCGGAAUACUUCCAAGAAAUCAAUAACAGAAACUUUGGAGACAUUGACGGUGUCACCGUUUACUUUGAUGAUAUUUGCAUUUCAGCAGAAACAAAUGAAGAACAUGAUAAAAUAUUAAAACAAGUACUUACGAGGGCCCGAAAACUAGGAAUAAAAUUUAACCAGAACAAAAUUCAGUAUAAGGUAUCGGAAGUAAAAUAUCUGGGCCAUGUUUUCUCAAAGGAGGGCAUGAAAAUUGAUCCUGAAAGAGUCAGAGCAAUUGAGGCCAUCAAAAAUCCUAAAUCAAAAAUUGAAGUACAAAGGAUACUUGGAAUGAUAAAUUAUGUUAGACAGUACAUACCGAAUUUAAGUAAAUUAACAGCCCCACUACGAGAAUUGCUAAAGGAUAGUGUUGAGUUUCACUGGUUUGAGUAUCAUUUGAAGGCUCUGCAAGAAAUAAAAAUAGCCAUGAAAAAGGCCCCUGUUCUUGCAAAUUUCAAUGCGAACAGGGAAAUCUUCAUCCAGUCUGACGCGUCAGGAUCCGGUCUGGGAUGUUGUUUGCUUCAGGAUGAGAAGCCCGUGUUUUUUGCGUCUAGAAGUUUAAGUGAGUCCGAAAAGAACUAUGCGGUAAUAGAAAAAGAACUCCUUGCUAUAGUAUUUGCCACCAAUAAGUUUCACCAAUUCGUUUACGGGCGAAAAGUCCACGUGUUGACCGAUCAUAAACCGCUUGUUAACUUGUUAAAUGAGAAAAAUAUAGGAGACAUACCAUCUCCUAGACUUCAGCGAAUGAAAAUAAAACUCCUAAGGUAUGAAAUAGUAGCAAAACAUGUACCAGGAAAACUCAUGCAUGUCGCAGACCUGCUGUCAAGAUCGUACUUAGAAGAAGCGAUGGAUGAGAAUAAUUGGAUUUCGGAGGUGGUACAUUCGAUAAGCACUAAUCUGAACAUAUCAGAAAAGCAGAAAAGAGAAAUUCAGAAGGCCACAGAAUUGGAUCCCACAUUGAAUGAAGUUAUAAAACACAGCCUCCUAGGUUGGCCGAAAGCGAAGUCUGGAGUUAGGAAUGAUGUCAAGUUCUACUUUAAAUAUCAGAAUGAACUAAGUGUUCAGGACAAUAUGCUUUUUUUUAACUAUCGGCUGGUUAUACCGAGUUCAUUGCGACAAAAUAUGCUGAAACUGUUACACGAGUCUCACUUAGGAAUUGAAAAAACAAAAGCCAGAGCAAGACAACUAAUUUAUUGGCCGGGGCUCAUGAAUGAAAUUGAGAAUAUGAUAUUAAAGUGCGCCACCUGCGAAAAGUACAGAUCCUUGAACAGCAGGGAGCCAUUAAUAACGCAUGAUAUACCGGACAUACCGUUCAACAAGAUUGCAUGUGAUAUCUGUGAAUGCGCGGGAAAUGAAUACCUUAUAAUACAAGACUAUUACUCGAAAUGGUUGGAAAUAUUAAAACUAAAAAACAAGACUGCCGGUAAGGUCAUACUAAACCUCAAAAAAGUAUUUGCAACUCAUGGAAUACCAAAGACGAUAAUAUGUGACAAUCAACCUUUUUCCUCCUAUGAACUUAAAGUCUUUGCACAACAAUGGAAUUUUGAUGUCGUCACGAGUUCUCCACACUACCCCAGGAGCAAUGGUCAAGCUGAAAGGGCGGUUCAAGUGGCCAAGAAAAUACUAAAGAAAUGCAUUGAAGAGGACAAGGAAUUAGAUGUAGCAUUAUUGGAAUAUCGCAAUACUCCCAUAACAGGCCUUACUGUGUCUCCAGCACAAGUGCUUUUUAGUAGACGAACAAGAACAAAAGUUCCGAUCCAUUCGGACCUACUCAAGCCAAAAGUUGAGUCGCAGGCUCAUCAGCAAAUUGAAAAAAGACAAAAAAUUUACAAAUAUUAUCAUGACAGGAACUGCAAACCCAGGCAUAGUUUGAACGUCGGCGAGGAUGCAGUCAUAUUUAAUAAAAAUAAUAAAAAAUGGGAAUCGGCAAAAAUCCUGCAGAAACACAGGAGUCCUAGGUCAUAUAUUCUACAAAAUCAAAAUGGUAAUGUAAUAAGAAGGAAUUCAGUUCAUUUAAAAAAAUCAUAUAACGAGUACAAAAGGAUACAGGAACAAGACCACUGGGAUCAACUACAAGAUACGGAUUGCAACAGAGCCAGCAAUGAUGAGAGUGAUCAAGCGAGAGAUCAUAACCAACGACCAGAUGCGGUUGCUGAUGGGCCUGCCAAUCAAGCAAGAUGUCAGGAGAAUAACAAUGCUGUGACUACAAGAAGCGGACGAAGAGUGAAGGAGCCAUCAAGAUACAAAGACUACUAUAAAUACUAA